CAUGCGGUCCGGGUCCGGAUCCGGGGCAGGGUUGAUGUUAGUGGUCGUUGGUUGCAGAUUCUUCCUCCAAGACCAGGCGUGUUUCACCCGACAAACCUACAACUGGGGCGUCUAUUUCCUCGUUAAUUGUUUUCCGCAAAUAUAUAUUCUCCACAUCGUUCUUCUUAUUCGCGAAAAAAUGAAAAUUAAACGGCAGAAAACCGCAAGAAAGCUUAUUUCGUUUUACAAACACAACUAUGGCUUCCGCGAACCUUUCCAGAUCCUUCUCGAUGGGACAUUUUGUCAGGCCGCGUUGAAGAAUAAGAUUCAGAUCAAAGAGCAGAUGCCCAAGUAUCUAAUGGGAGAGGUACAGAUGUGUACAACUUCUUGCGUCCUGAAAGAGUUGGAAUCGCUUGGGAAAGAAUUGUAUGGCGCCAAGUUGAUAGCUCAACGAUUUCAAAUUAGAAAUUGUGCACAUUUCAAAAAUCCUGAAAGUGCCUCGGCUUGUCUUUUGUCGAUGGUUAAAAACAACAAUCUUCAUCAUUACUUUGUGGCCACACAGGAUCAACAUUUAACUAUAAAAAUCAAAAAGUUGUCAGGAGUCCCUCUGAUGUACAUUGUGCAGAACACUAUGGUUUUGGAAAAACCUUCUGCCAAAUCAAUUGCACAGCUACCAUCAUUGCAUAAUGAGCAGUUUGUCCCCGUACAUCAGCAAAAGACUAUUCAACACUUGAAAGAAGAGCAGGGUCUUGUGAAGGAAUCUGAAUCCCAGCGCAAGAAACGCAAAAGAAAAGGAGGCCCCAAUCCUCUCAGUUGUCUGAAAAAGAAAGUGAAGCCAACACAACAACCAACAAAAGAAAAAAAGCGAAGCAGAUCAAGUAAAAAAAGGCGAACAGCUCAAUCAAAUCCCAGCAUAUUAAAAAUCAGACAAGUGUAACUAUGGAGUCUGUAUAUGCAUGCGUCAAAGUGUGUUGUGUCAUUUUUUUAUUUACUGAGCUGAUUUGAACAUCUCUAAUUUGUAACAAAUUCACAUAAUAAACUUCUUUCCUGUACAAUUCAAUGAAGCUGGUUUUGAAGACCACUUAAAAAAGUUUUUAGAGUUUUUAUUUUUAAUUUUUACAGUAUUUGUACUUUCAGAUGAUGAAACAUCCCUUAACUGCCACUUUUCUGUUUAUAACAAUAAUGAAACA